AUGCUUUCACAUGCUCAACCCUUGACGAGAGUAUCAUCAAGCAGCAACUCUUCGAGUCCGAGCAAUACAACCAAUAUUCAGAGCUCGGGGCAUACAAACUCAUCAUCAGCAACAAGUACCAAUUAUAAGUUGGCAGUAGCUGGAUCGGAUCAAAUUUCGGUUUUCAAUUUUUCGCUAGCAGAUGCAUCACUCACUCGACAUAUUUCUAUAAAUCCACAUCCGAAGCCAAUUAAUGAUGUCAAAUGGAAUCAUAAUAAUCAUGUUUUGGUCAGCUGCAGUGAUGAUGGAUAUCUAGUAAUGACAACAUUGAACGGAGAAAAUAUUGGUAAACUACCACUUGAAGAACAAGUACUUUCUAUUUCAAUUGGAGAAUUUUCACGAAAGCUCUGUACAGGUGGAGCUUUAGGGAUUGUAAAAAUUUGGGAUUUAAAAAAGAAAGAAGUUAUUCAAACGUUUAAGGGACACAAAGGAGGUAUUACUUUAGUAGCCCUCAGUGAAGGUGAUCAAUAUAUAGCAAGCGCUGACGCAAAUGGAAUAAUUUUGGUUCAUAAUUUACAAAUGAAUACUUUAUCAUGCACUCUCACAAAUAAUAGUCAACAAGCUGUAAAAUCUAUGGAAUUUUCUUCGUUUCACAAAUCCUUAUUGGCCACUGCUGGAGACGAUGGUUCCGUGAUAGUAUGGGAUAUUCAUUCCGGAAAGCCUUAUUGCUCCUUUAUGAAGCAACAUCAAGCUCCAUGCACAGGAGUGCAUUUUUCAAAACAAAACGCUGCACUACUUGCUUCUGCUGGUUUAGACAAAUGUAUUUAUUUUUUUGAUAUUAAGGAGAAAAGAAUGGUUGAGACGAUAAAAACAAGCCAUCCUAUUUCUUCUUUUUCAUACAUGGAUAACGGAUCAAUAAUUGCAAUUGGAACGUCGAACGGAUUAGUAUUCAUUUAUGAUUUGAAGAAAUCUACUUCAACCCCGGUUGCUGAAGUUGCUAUAGGAAGCUUUUCAAUUAAAUCCAUGGCAUUUCAAGCAAAGUUGAAGAAGUCCUCAACGACUUCAUCGUCUAGUGAUAAUUCUAAAUUGGCAACAACAUUGACGAGAAAUCAAUCAACAGAAAGAAUGCAGGAAAAACAACAUACUCCACCUGCUGAAAUUAUUCCACAAAGACCAACAACUCCCACACAUCCACCAAAAUCAACACUCAGCAUGGACAGUCAAGCAGGAAUGGAUGUUUUUUCUCCUGUUAAAAAUAUGGGAGACUCCAAGAUGGCUCAACUAUUUCCAACUGUUGAGGAUAUUAAGAAGCAAGCCCAAUUGGAACAUUUAAACGCAAAAAUAAGCUCCAACAAAAUGGUGGGAGAUAACCCUUUCAAAAGCAAGCAACCAACGUUCAAACCUAUUGAGCAAUCACACACCACAUCAAAGCUGGAUUCUAGUAUUAAUUUAGGUCAUGCAUCCAAUAAUCGUAUGUCUCUGUACAAAUCCCUCAAGCCUUCACAAGACGACCGAGCAUUGCUCUCGCCAUCGGGUCCCAAGAAGAAGCAAAAGUAUGACAUAUCCUCUCCAUGUGGAGAUGACACCAAUGACGAUUUUAACUCUGAUGAAAGUAUCGCACCUCCUAUUCUUCACCAAGAAGAUUUCGAAAAGAAAUUAACCAAUAGGCCUCAAAUUGAUAGAAUGAUGGACGAAAACGAAGCGAGUGAAAACAUAUCAUCCCAGAAACCGUCACAACAAGCAUCGUCACCACUUGUGUCAUCUAAUAAUACUCCAAAAAUUGGGUCCUCUUUUUCAAUAUCAAAGAAUACUGGAGUAUCUGAGGACAGUAUUCGAGAUAUAGUGAAAGAAUCAAUUCAGGAUUCGCUAUUUGUUUUGCAAACUUCUCUCCACCAAGAUAUCACCAACAUGCACGUUGACAUUUUACGGCAAUUUUGUUUGCAACAAGAACAAAACUAUUCUCUUAUUGAACAACUUUCAAAACAAGUUCAAUCACUGAAAGAGGAAGUAAGGAUGUUGAGAGAGGAAAAUAGUCAAUUGAAAAACCUGAUUUAA